UCGAUAUCAGACACGAACGUACAGCGUUCUGAAACCUGCAGUCCCAUACUGAAACUUGAUAUCUGAAGGCUUCGGGUGACGGUCAGAUCGUUCUUGUAUUUCUUUGACGGGGAGCAUGAUGGUGAUCACGGAAAGACGAAUCACGAUACAUGUCCUUUAGGUAACGCUCAUCAUGAUUGCAGUGUAUCACGUGAUCCUGUUGUUGCAACGUAUGCCUGCAGCUUGUGCAAGACCGCGCGAGUGCUGAUCCAAAUUUCUUUUUUCUGGUCCAUGCUGGCUAAAUGGUAGCUUCCCUCUUUCUCUGGCUCCUGCAUCUUCUGCAUGCCUCGCUAGUGUUUUUGACAACAAAGUUUCAAAAACGCCGAUACUUGCCCCCUCAACCGGUAACUGCGUACCGCAGCAAGCUACCAAAACACCUGGCAAUUAUUCUGGUCUCCUAUAACGCGGCGAACCCCAAGCACACAGAAGAACUGUAUUUGGAAUGCCUGUUUAGGGUUGUUAAAUGGUGCAAAGUGUUAGGUAUAGAGCAGCUUACUGCAUAUGAUGCCGAAGGUACACUGCUAGGGUGCUCUGACAUUAUUCAGGAACGCUUAACACACCGUAAUGAUAUGCUCACCGACGAGAGUGAAUCAGAACUCGAAUAUCCGUUGACCCCUCCACUUUCUGAAGCCUCAGAGUCAAGAAGCCAUUCACCCGACUUUGAAGACUUCCCCGUACAACUCAAUGUUACAACAGUGUCCACCUCCAGGAAAGGUGCUUCGCAUCAUAGGCCAAGAGAGGUUGCAGUUCGCCGACGAGCGCACGACAAGCAUCCUCCUUAUAAUCCUCUGACACUCCAUAUAAUUUCACGCAGUGCCUCAAAAGCUGCCAUUGCAUCUGCUGCACGUUUUCUUUUAGAUGAAGAAUUUCGCAGGCGCCAGAACAGUGAUGACCUGGACCACGUCAAGGCAUAUGAACUUCCUAUCUCUAAACUGACUUCUGUACCAGGAGGCCUGCCGUCGCCGGACUUCAUGAUCGUCCAUCAUAUCCGCCCACAGGACCAUCCGCCUCCUCUUGAACUACACGGUUUUCCUCCGUGGCAAAUCGCGCUGACAGAAAUCCACCGGACUAUCGCUCAUGACGUCGCUCUCCUGAAACAUCCAAACAAUUCAAUGCCAAGUUUAAUCACAGAGGAAGCGUUCUGUCGUGCCUUGGACGAGUACGCCGGCGCUCAAUUUCGAUUGGGGAGAUAAUUUCAUCAUCCUGUAGCCUGUUUUUAGUCGUACAUACCUCUGACCGCCAUGCCAUCCGGAACUCGGACACACGUUGCCU